AUGACUCGCACCGAACGCGCCAUCCACCCCCGCGCCAUCGCCAAGGACGCCUCCGUCUCGCGCAACGGCCUGAACGGCAAUAUGCGCAAGGGUGGCGCAGGCGCUCACAACUGGGGCACCGUCGACGACGAGGCGCGCUACGAGUACGAAGCCGACGUCUUCGAUAACGAGACUGCUGUCACCGAGGAGAAGGACGUUGAAGCCGAGCGCCCGGUUAUGCCUCGCACCAUCAGCGAGGAAGAGCGCAGCAAGGCUAUCGCUGCGCGCAAGCGUGCCCUUUCCAAGGGUGACAUCGACCUCUCCGAGAUCGCCCGCACCAGCUCGGCCGUCUCCAGCUCCCCUCCGUCGCAUUAA